AUGGCCAACUGGAGCGGAAUCACGGCCACCCUCGCCGCGAUCGCUCGCCCGCGCACUCUCCAGCCAGCGCUCGUCGUCCCCUCCAUCGCACACCUCGACUGGCACAGGCUCAGACACCACGCGGGAGUGCACGCCGUCGUCGUAGACAAGGACAACUGCAUCGCCAAACCGAACGAGGAUGACCUCGCCAACUCGGACGAGCUGCGGCGGGCAUGGGCAGACUUGCUCGAGACGUUCGGCGCGGAGAACGUCCUCGUCGUGAGCAACUCGGCAGGCGACCUGCGCAAAGACCCGCUCCUCAUCCAGGCCGAGACGGUUUCACGGAACUUGAGAGUGCCCGUCCUCGUCCACCGCUCACCGAAACCCGGCCGGCCCUGCGUCCGCCAAAUCGCAGCCCACUUCCUCCUCCCUCGCUCAUCCACAACCGACCUUACCUCCCUCGCAUCCUCCUCCUCAACACAAGCACGACCACACUCCCCCUCUCUAGCAGGCCAAACGAUUUUCUCCCCGCUCGCCCGCUCACUCCUCCCUCCCUCCCGCUCCACCUCCCUCACGCCCGCACGAACAACCUCCAAUCCCUCGGCCCCGCUAAGGAUCCUAGUGAUAGGCGACCGCCUCUCAACGGACAUGAUCUUCUCCUCCCGCCUCUCGUCCCUCCGCCUCCCGUUCUCCCUCCCAACUCAACCUUCUCUCCCGCUUUGGCGCCGGCUGCGCGCACCCAAGAUCUCGAUCGGCGCACAGGGACAGCGGGUAGAGUGCGUUGGCGUGUUGACAACGCGCCUGUGGGGCAGGGAAGGAGCGGGAACGGCGCUGAUGAGGCUGGUGGAGAGGUUGGUCGUGAGGGUUUUGGGCGUGCGGAGGGCGGGCGAGGGCGGUGUGCGGUGGGAGGAGUAUGUGAAAGGCUACGAGGAGGCGGCUGUGCGGAGAGGGACGAGGAUCGAGGAGGUGGUCGAGCCUGCGCCUGCGCCUUCGAACUCGACUGCGACUGCGACUGCGACACCAGCGGCAAAACGACCGCGCCUCCAUCUUUCCCUCCCCUCCCUCUCAACCCUCCGCUCCCUCCCCUCUACCCUCUCGCACACCCUCUCCACCCUCCCAACCCGCCUCUCAUCCCUCACGCACUCCCUCCCCGCCUACAUCUCCCACCUCACUUCCCGCCUCCUCUCGCGCCUCGCAGCCCUCCUUGAGGCGCACGUUCCCCGCUUAUUGGCGAGGUUAUACGCACCUAUGUCGCGCGUCGUACGGAUCUACACAGACCCCUCUUCGCUCGCUCCUUCUCCUCAUUCCUCCUCCUCUCCUUCGGUGGCGCCGCGGACAAUCCUCGACCGCGCGGAACGUCGCCUAGACUCCUGGCUCGACUCGGCCGAGUCGAAAUGGGAUGAAGCAGGUCGGCGCCUCGAGGGGAUGAAAGUAGGUGACGAAGUCGAGCGGUUGGGUGACAAGAUUGAGGAGCUGAGAACGGCAUUGAGGGGGCGGGUUGAGGGCUUGAGGGCGAGGGUGCAGGGUGGGAAGGAGGAGAGGGUGCGGUAG